CUCACCUCACCCACACUAUCCCUCACCUCAUCACUGCACUGCGCCCACUCCCCUCACUCCCACGCAAACGCAGUGGCCACAAUGCGCCGCCUCCACCUUGCCGCCGUCCUCCUCGUCUUCCUCCCCCUCGCCGUCUCGGCCGCCGGGACAAAGGAGGCGGCGAAGGCGCCCGCUGCGCCGCCAGCCCCGCCGAACAUCACUGCGGCGAUGGUGAAGGGCGGCUGCAAGGCGUUCGCGGCCCUGGUGGCGGCAUCCCCAGACGCGCGCACCACGUUCCAGUCGGCCGGCGACGGCGGCGUGACGGCGUUCUGCCCCAGCGACGACGCCGUCAGGUCGUUCAUGCCCAGGUACAAGAACCUGACCGCCGACGCCAAGGCGUCGCUGCUCCUUUUCCACGCCGUGCCCGUGUACUACUCGCAGCGGAGCCUCAAGUCCAACAACGGCGUCAUGAACACGCUCGCCACCGACGGGUCGGCCAACAACUUCAACUUCACGGUGCAGAACGAGGGGGAGCAGGUGACCAUCAAGACGGACGCCUCCGACCACGCCGCGCGGCUCAAGUCCACGGUGUACGACAAGGACCCCAUCGCCAUCUACGCCCUGGACACGGUGCUCGAGCCGGUGGAGCUCUUCGAGCCAGCGGAGUCGCCGGCGCCGGCGCCGGCUCCCGCCCCUGUCGCGGACGCGCCCAAGGCUCCCAAGAAGACUCGUCACCGGCAUGUGGCGGACGCGCCCGGGCCGGCCGCCGCCGACGACGACACGUCGCCCGCCGACCAGAAGAAGAACUCCAAGAAGAGCGCGUCGCCCGCUGCCCCAACUCUACGGUGGCUUGCAGCCCUGCCCGUCGCCGUGGCCGUGGCCGCCGCCUUGGCCUAGCCGGCUAGCGCAGGGGCUUUUUCCUCCUUCGCGGUAGAUCUGUACGGGAGGUGGUGGUGUGUCGGUGGCUUGUGUGCGUCUUUGUGUCGGUCAGUGCGUGUGCUCGUGCAGUGAAGUUUCUUCGUCGCCUUUUCUUACUCCAUUGAUGUAUUGUUUAGAAUUGAAAGUUGACGUGGUAUAGUUUGGACCAGGGUCAGAGACCUGAAAUUUUGUGUGUUUCAA